GCAGGUAAACCUUUAAUAUAUUCUUGAAAUUUAAAUCUGACAAGUUAUGAACGAAUAAUUGUUUAAGAAAUAGUUUUCCUACUGUAGAACAGAACAUUUUUUUAGACGUCAUAUUUGCGAUUUAUCUAUCGAUGGCGAACAAUUUAUACCCACAAAUUAUUACAACGAAAUUAGUAUUAAUUUCCUUUUAAUAAUCGGGUAUCCGAUAAGGUGAUAAGACUACGCAAUUUAAAAAUAAUGACUGACCACCCACGAUAACCUUACGUUUUAGCAGAUAUCAACAAACCAACAAUAAUCCACAACCGCUAGCAAAGAGAGCGGUGUUAUUCAACAGCAACCCUCCAUCGAGGAAGGAGUGUCAAUCUUCCGCAAAAAUUGUUAUCUAUCCAUGAAAUUAAUACCAAGUUAGGAAACUUAUCCAAGUAGAAAACUUGUUAACCGAAUCGAAAAAUCGUAAACCUUCAAGAAAACUGGAAAAAUCAGCAAUAAAUAACAACAGUUCCAGCUUGAAUCUUGAAUAUAACUUCAAACCUAUUCUUCAAAAAGGUAGAAAAUUUCUUAUAAUUUUUUUUUUUUUUUUAAAUUAAAACUGGUUUAAUCACCAAACUACAAAUGGACAAAACAGAAGUAAAAAACACUAAUUCAACUCUCAUUAAAAAUAUCUAUGAUUUUCUGAAAAAUGGAGACAAACAAAUAAAAUACAGUCCGAGCAAAGACAUAGUUCUACUGCUGGGUAACACUGGAUCUGGAAAGAGCACACUGACUCACUAUAUUUCUGGAAACGCUCACAAGCUCUUGUCUCAAGAAGUAGAGGAAGGAACAGGCGAAUAUGUGAUUGUUGACCAACAAGAUAAAAUAAGUAGUGCCUCUACUAUAGUGUCUCAAACAAUUUAUCCAGAUUUAGUAGAAGAUGCAACGACUAACACAAUUUAUUACGACUGCCCGGGUUUCAGUGAUACCAGGAGUGCAGCCCAUGAGAUAGCUGCCACAUACUUCAUUAAAAAAGUAAUCGAUUCUGCUAGUGCAGUGAAGAUGGUUUUUGUAGUGAGCCAUCAUUCAGUCACCAGAGGAGCAGACAGGCAGGACUUCAUUCUGAUGCUGCAACACGCCACAGAUUUCAUAAAACAAAUGGAUAAGUUUAAAAACAGUAUAGCCCUUGUAGUCACCAAAAUAGAAAACAGAUAUAUUGGUAACAAGUUAGUGUCUGAUGAAAAAGUUAUUAAUACCAUCGGACACUAUCUAGAGCAAGCUAAGCGAGACAUAGAUGAGCAUCCAGAGAUGGUAAACACAGCUGGUAAGAGCUCUGACAGCAAAGAGAAAGUAUUGUCCCUUCUGGAUAUCUUCCUGAGUAAGGGGGAAAAUGGACAAUACACGAGAAUAGGAAUUUUUCGGAAGCCAAAUGAAGCUGGAUCCAUCAGUGAUAUUGAAUUGAUGAAACAAGGAAAAAUUUCAUUAGAAAAUUUGACGAAUAAAAAUAUUCAAUUUAUAAAAGUAACUGAUAACGAUUUUGGAUACACAAUUUCAGCAAAAUCCAAAGUCCAUAUCAGUGGCUUAACUGAAGAAAUAAACAAAACUAUUGUGAAACAAUUACUCGACAUUGGGCGGGAGGUGAAAGAACACUGCAUUGCACAAGAAGGAAAAAACUCAGAUCUAGAAAAUUUGAUUUCUACAUUUCAAAAUCUAAGGGAACCUUUCUCAAAAUUACAGGAAAGCGCUAUAAAGGAUACAAUAACACCUGAGAUGUUUAUAAGGGAAAUUGACACUUAUAUUAAAAAUUCCAAAAUUAGCAUCUCUGAUCAAUACAUUCAAGCAGUACAGAAGGAAGGAGAUUAUAUCAAUUUUCUUAAUCUUGUCAGCAAUAAAUCAAUAAAAAAUCAUAAAUCGUCUUUAUUGGCAGCAGGUCUUUCAAACCUGACAGAGUACCUUAAUGAAUCACAUUUAUUUUAUAAUGUUCUGAAAAGUAUGCAUCAAAGGUUAUCAGCAUUUGACAUACAGAAAAACAGAAAUAAGUAUAACACUAUACAUGUGAAUGAAUUAAAGGACUUGUUCCAAUCUUCUAUUUUCAUUGAAAUUGAUACCAUUUUUAAAGAACACAGUCAUAUGAAGGAAAUGAAACUUGGCACGUCGAAGUUGAAAUUAUUGAACAAAGUUUUGGACGAAACCCUUAAAUAUCAAAUUAAAAUCAUCAAUCCUAAAAUUGAUAAAGUCAUAGUUAGGGGCGUAAACGUGCAGCUGAGUGACCUGAGUGAUCUGUUAAAUAAUAAUGACAUCAAAUUUCUUGAAAUUUAUGCACUAAAUAAAAUGUUCAUUGACACUAAUUUUGAUUUGACAGGUAGAGAAAUACAAAUGACUAUUGUAGCCCCUGUAUGGGAAGUUAUAGGAAAUCAAAGUAUAAUAUUAGAUGGAAAGCCGGGUAUGGAUCAUUCCCCUUCGAAGGCUAGAAGUGGAACAGGAUAUGGUGAAAAUGGAUUCGACGGACGACCUGGAGAACCAGGCGGGCCUGCUGGCCAUUUUAUAGGAAUAGGAAAACAUUUCAUCAAUGAGGAAUAUCUGCAUAUUUCAGCCAAUGGAGGGAAUGGUGGAAGUGGACAGGAUGGAGGUGAUGGUGCAGAAGGGCAUGAUGGUGCGCACUGUCCUACUAGUUGCAGAAAUUCAGAUGGUUUAUUAGUAACUAUAUUUUAUAACACGGAUGAUGCAGAAUAUUACGGAGGAACAGGUGGUCAUGGAGGCAACGGUGGCGCAAGUGGUUAUGGAGGGCUUAAAGGAAGUAUUUACAUAAAAAAAGUUGGAAGAGAAUCCGGAAUGAUUCAAGCACAACAAACUGCGCGAGAUGGUUAUCCUGGAGAAAUCGGAUUAGGUGGCAGUAGCGGAAAAGGAGGAAGAUACUUUUAUUAUAAAGUUAGAAAUUAUAUUGGUUUUGUGCAUACAACUUCUUUUGAACCAAUAAAUAAAUGGGGAAGAGAUGGAAUACCAGGAAGUGAUGGCUCAAAUGAAUGGGGAAGGAGGGACACAUGGAUAUUAAAAAAGUUGAUAAAUCUUAGCAAUGCCGUAAUAGAAUAUAAGAACUACUUACUAAGCAAUAUAAACAAUAAUUUACAAGAAAGUAUGUUAAAAACAUUUCUAAGUGAAAUAGAUAAUAAUCAAACGUCUGUUACACAGCCUACGAAUCGUAAAAGAAGAAAUGUUAUUAAUUUCACAGACAUUGAAAAUUCAGAAGAGCAAUUGAAAAACAUCAACAUGCAUGAACAUGACCCAACAGAAAUCGAAUCACAAAAUAAUGAUCGAUAUGUUAGUGACAGAAAGGAAAAUUACAAUUUGGCUCUUCAUUACCAUCUUCAAGACAGUAAACAUGUACCCAGCAAUUUAUUUUUAGAAACCGAAAGAAUAAAGCAAAGACCUUCCAAACCUAUCUUUCCAAUUUCUGUCCAAUUGGAAAAUAUGAAAACUGAGAAACAUACUAAUAUAAACAAUCAAUACUCUUCAAUAAACCUUCAUGGAAACUUAUUGUUGUCCGAAAUGGUUCUAAAGAAAUUUAUGGGAAAAGAAACCUGGUUGAAUAAUGAUUAUAAACGCAGUUCUAAGGAACGGAUGAGCUCAGCACACGACUUAGCAUACAGCUACUAUCUGGAACAUUGAUAAUUACACACAAGCCAUGUCAUAUUUCCCAACCAACUAAAAGCUGAUAGACUGCUCCAUUGACUUGAACCUUGGUCGAUACAUCCAAUCGUAUCCCCAACUAUCCAUUGGUGCAGGACAACUCUAUGAUAUUAAUAUAAAAAUAUUUAGUAGUAAAAUACAAUAAGUGCAAUGUUAUUAUAUUAUAAAAUUAUACAAAAAUAAUAAGAACAGCAAAUCAAGAAUGCUUUUGAUUGUACAUAUAGAAUUAGGAAAGUAAAGUUCAAAUUAAGAAAUGCUUUGAAUAACACUAAAAUUAUAUAUAUAUUUUAAUUUAUUUUAUUUUAAUAAGAACACUUCUUAUUAGCAGCUAAUUCUAUUCAUAAAUAUUAUAUUAGAAAUGAAAAAGUAAUGUAACAUAAAUACAAGUCUUAAAUAAUGAAUCUAUUUAUAUAUAUCUAUAUACUAUGUAAAUUGAAUAAAAAUAAUUAAUGUUAAAAAUAACUUAUUUUAUGACAACACUUAUAUUAUACUUGUAUAUGUAAUUGAAAAUAAUAAAAACAGGUCUAUAUAUAUCCAGGAGCAUGAAAGUAAAGGGAUAAACUUGCUCAAGAUCCUAAGUAGAGAUGUUCGAAAAAUACCGAUAUAUCGAUAUUUGUAAAAUAUAUAUCGUUAUUUUUAUAAGAUAUUAUUUAUUACGAUAUAUAUCAGUAUUGAAAUAUGAGUACCAAAAACAUUAUUUAAAAAACUGAACACAAACAAACUUUCAAGAACAAUGGAUUCAGUUAAUAUUGAGUGGAGUGAUUCUCAUAUUUAAUUGAACACACUGAUUAAACCUAGAAUAAAACCCUUAAUCGCCACUUAAUCAGAAGGAAGCUUAAGAAUAACCUCACCCUGUAACAAGCUAAAACUAUUAUUUUUUUUUUUCCUUACCUUCCCAUUUUAUUCACCAAAUAUUUACAAAAAUACCAGAUUGUGAUAUAUCAUCUUGUAAUAAUGAAAUAUUUUGUACUUUAGGCAGUAAAGAUAAAAUUAAUAAAUUAAAUGAUAAUUUUAUUUAAGAAUUAGUACAAGUGUUUUCUUGCUUUUGGUGAAUCUUAGGACCCUAAAAUAUCAGGGAUUACUUUGUCCAAUGUGUACUGGCAAAAAUACAGAAGAUAGCAUGGAAAAAACAUAACAUUUUAUAUCUCUGGUUCUAAUGAAGAAAGAAAAUUAAGUUUUUUUUUUUUGUUUAUUUU